AUGGUAACGGUUCUCGGCGAGACCUCGAAUCCAUUAACUGUCCUAUCUGGUGUGCCACAGGGAUCGAUACUCGGACCACUACUUUUCCUGGUUUAUGUAAACGAUCUUCUCGACUGUGUCUCAAGUUCUUCAUCAUUGGCAAUGUUUGCGGAUGACUCUAAAUGUUACCAUUCCAUUAAAUGUUAUGAGGACGCCGAAGUCUUGCAGUCUGACAUAAAUGCUAUUGACUCUUGGUUCAAGGAGUGGCAGAUGUCUUUAAAUCACUCUAAAUGUGGUCUUCUUCGCAUUACAAGAAAUUCUCAACCGAUCCAUUACUCUUACAACGUGGAAGGCAACUUAUUUAAAACAAUCAACAAACAAACAGAUCUUGGUGUUAUAGUCUCUAAAGAUCUUAAAUGGAGCCUCAACGUCCAAGCCGUCUCAAAUAAGGCCAACAAAAUGUUGGGGUUCGUGAAAAGAUUGUGUUUUCAUGUAAGUGACCCAAAAGUACGAAAGACCCUGUAUUUAGCCCUG